UCUUGAAACGUCGUCGGUUUUGAGCAGAAAACUUCAACUUCAGUUCAGGAAAACAAAAUUCUUUGACUUUUUGGCUUCAUGUGGAGUAACAAAUAUGCUUAUCAAGGAAUACCGUAUAUGCAUGCCUCUGAGUGUGGAAGAGUACCACAUAGGACAGCUGUACAUGAUAGCAAAACACAGUGAUGAACAGUCUCAGAAGGGAGAAGGCGUAGAAGUUAUCCAGAAUGUAGAGUGCGAUGACCCUGUCCAUGGCAAGGGCAGGUUCACAGAGAAACGGGUCUAUCUAUCAAAUCGAUUACCAGUCUGGAUACAGAAGUUAGUUUCCAGGUUGUGCAGCUACUUCUAUAUAACAGAGAAGGCAUGGAAUCACUAUCCUCAUACCAUGACAGAAUACACAUGUUCCUUUGUUCCGAAGUUUUCCAUACAUAUCGAUACAAGAUACGAGAAUAACUCAGGGACCACAGAAAAUUGCCUCAGUCUUUCAGAAGCAGAAUUGAGUGAAAGGGAAGUUGUUCCGGUUGAUAUAGCAUACAACAAUGUUCCAGAAAAGUAUUACAAAGAAAAUGAGGAUCCAACAAAGUUUAAGUCGAAAAAGACAGGGAGGGGGCACCUACAAAAGGACUGGAGGGAGACGAGUAAUCCUAUAAUGUGUUCCUACAAGCUGGUACGGGUCAAGUUUGAGCUUUGGGGUCUACAAACAAGAGUCGAAAGCUUCGUGCACAAGGCAAUACAAGAUAUCCUUUUACUGGGUCAUAGGCAAGCAUUUUCAUGGAUCGAUGAGUGGUAUGACAUGACUGAAGAAGAUGUCAGGAAGUACGAACAGCGCCUCCAAGCGGAGACAAACCGAAAGGUUCACCAGGGUCUAGAGAGAACCUCAAGUAGAGAUUCCACCGAUGCCGGAGACGACGACGAAUUUGCCGAUGCCGUGGAGGAUCAAAGCGAUCUCGCCCAAGGAGGAUCAUGAUGAAAGCAAAUCUUGUUCGCUUAGAGAGGCAGGACACAGCUUCCAUUUAAAGAACAUUACUAAUGAGAGAUUGGAGAGAGUAUUAGAAUAUAUAUGGUGAAGGUUACCUCUUGAAGGACAGACUUGUUUUCCAGAGAAAUAUAUACAUGUGAAAGAUCUGUAACAAAAUAAAUGCAAUGUCUUGUGAAGUAUUUUAUGAAUGAAAAGUUGUCAAGGUUAUUGUCAAGGUCAGAUAAGAGAGGAAUCACAAUACAAUGAAGGUCUUCUUCCCUUUUUUUUUCUCCCUCUCUUUUUGAAGGACAUGUAGAAGGAUAACUUAAUAUUUAAGGUGAAGUAGACCCAUAUCUCAUCACUAUGCAGCGAAUAUCUUUGCCUGUUAACUUUCAAAGGGUAUACAAAGAAAAUGUCAGGCGGUGCUAGAAAAAUAUUUCCCAACUAAUAGAUGAGAAUUCUGUUUUCAUGUUCAGUAUUUUUUCCUCUCCAUCGACCCCUCCCCCAAUCCACCUCUGAUAGCAAUACGUUUUACCAUUCUCAGAUAAGAGUGAUUCAAUUGAAACUAAUCAUUGAAGUCUCUAAAUAGGCAAUGCAGUGUACGAUAUGAGAUCAUUAUUUUUGUGUACAAUUUGGAUAUAUUUCAAUUAAUUUUUGUUUCGUUUUACAUUGGUUUAUUCAAUUUUUUCUUCCAAUUAUGAUUGAAUGGAAAAUAGAUUUAUUGUUGCCAACUUGAGGAAUGAAAAAUGAUUAAUUUAGAAAAUUUGGUUAAUGAAACAAA